AUGAAGUUCACUUCGGUUCUAUCCCUGCUUGUCGCCGUCGCCUCCGCGGUGCCCACGCCCACAGUUGAAGAGACCGAGCACGUCCAUAUCGAGAAGCGCGCCACCAUCUCUGAGGCUGCUACACUGGGGUACGCUUCCACCAACGGCGGUACCACUGGUGGUGCCGGCGGUACCGUCACCACCGUCUCCACUCUUCCUCAGUUCACUGCUGCCGUGAACGAGAAGGACGCAACCCCGAGGAUUGUUGUUGUGAAGGGAAUCAUCUCUGGCAGCGCGAACAUUCGCAUUGGCAGCAACAAAUCCGUCAUCGGCCUUCCCGGCGCCGGCUUUGACGGCAUUGGGCUGUACGCUCGUCGCCAAAAGAACAUCAUUCUGCGUAACAUUAUCUCUCGCAACGUUCUCGGCAGUGUUGGCGAUGGUUUCAGGAUCGACGAAACCACCAACGUCUGGGUCGAUCACUGCGAAUUCUACUCCAAGCUUAUCGCUGACAAGGACUACUACGACGGUCUUGUUGACCUCACCCACGCCGCCGACUUUGUGACUAUUUCCUACACUUACUUCCAUGACCAUUGGAAGACCUCCCUCGUCGGCCACAGCGAGAACAACGGCGCCAAGGACUCAGGCCAUCUCCGCGUCACCUAUGCUCACAACUACUGGGCCAACUGCGGCUCUCGCGGCCCCUCGCUGCGCUUCGGUACUGGCCACAUUUACAACUCAUACUACCUCAACAUGAACUCGGCCAUCAACACCCGACAGAACGCUCAGGUCCUCAUUCAGAGCAACGCCUUCAAGAACGUCACCGUUCCCAUCACGACACAAGACUCUGACAUUGUCGGCUACGCCAACGCUUUCGACAACGAUCUUGGCGGUGCCCCCAACACGGCUCCCGUUGGCAAGCUGACCGCCAGCUCGCCUCCCUAUGCCUACAGCCUCCUUGGAUCCUCCAAGGUUGCUGCCACCGUGCCUGGCCAGGCUGGAGCUCGUCUUACGUUCUAA